GUCAAGAUCGGCAGCAACAAGUCUGUCAUCGGCAAAGACUCCUCCGUCGUCCUGACCGACUUCACCCUCACCGUCAAGGCCGUAAAGAACGUCAUCCUCCGCAACUUCGCCAUGGAAAAGGUCGUCGGCGGCGACGCCAUCGCCAUCCAAAAAGCCCAGAACGUCUGGGUCGACCAUGUAGACCUCUCCUCUGACCUCGACCACGACAAAGACUACUACGACGGUCUCCUCGACGUAACCCACGCCGCCGACUAUGUCACCAUCUCCAACAGCUUCAUGCACGACCACUGGAAGUGCUCUCUCGUCGGCCACUCGGACAGCAACGGCAGCGAAGACAAGGGCCACCUCACCGUCACCUACAACAACAACUACUGGAAGAACAUCAACUCGCGCGGUCCCUCGUUCCGCUUCGGCACCGGCCACCUCUACAACAACUACUACGAGAACGUCAGUGAUGGCAUCAACACCCGCCAGGGCGCUGAGCUCCUCGUCCAGAACAACGUCUGGUCUGGAGCUAAGAAGGCGCUGUACAGCCAGGACGGUGGCAAGGCUGUUGCUGAGGGUAACGACUUUGGAAACAGCGAGAACACUGCUGACAAGGGUUCGAUGAGCAAGAUGCCUUAUGAGGUGAAGGAGAUGCUCGAGGCGGGUGCUGUUAAGGACGCCGUUGUUGGCACUGCUGGUGUCACGCUUAAGUUCUAAGCGUAGGGUCUGCUUACUGUACGACAUGAUCAUUCGGUUUGGAAAUGAGUGAAGGACAAAAGCAGGGGAUUUUGAAGGCUUUGAUUUGUAAAUAUUUGGUCAACCGACUUUCUUGUAUAUAUGGACGCUGUGCGGACAGUUUUGAGCAAUGAAAAGGAUGCUUUUUGUUGUAUCUUCAUUGGUAUGUCCUUUUGCUUUUGAGUA